CUAGGCGGGCACGCUUCUCAGUCCUCAAAGGCAUCCUGGGGAGAGGCAGUUACAACACAGAGCCAGGAGUUCGGCGGUGCUGACGGCAGGCUGGGGGUAUGACAAGGUGCCCUUCAGAGAGGGAGAGUACGGGAGGCUGCCAAAGAAUGUUGAGGAUCAGUGCUACAGGGACACUUCAGACUAUUCAUCUAGUCCCACUAAUGGCUCCAACUCCUGCGGAUUAGAGGUCUCCUUUUUUUAGUUAACAUCUUGAGUGCUGGCCUGGGAAAAGUUACAGUAUAGAAGGAAGUGUGGUACAGCAUGGCAACCCAGACCUUCCUGCAGGAGAUGCAUUCGAUGGGCCAGAAGUUCCUCCUGAAGUUACGGCAGCUGCCUCAGGCCGAGCCUAUUGAGAUUGUAGCCUUCUCUGUCAUCCUAUUCUUCAUUGCUACUGUGCUGCUGCUAUUGGCAAUAGCCUGCAGCUGCUGCUGUACUCAAUGCUGCUGCCCUGACCAGAGAAGCCGGAAGGUUCAGGUCCGGCCCAUGACACCAUCAUGAGAGACAGGGUGAGGACAGAAGGAAAGCCAGAAAGGAGGCUGCCAAAUCCUGCCAAGAGAUUCCAGCCAUGGCCCUGCAGCCCACAGCAUUCAAGACAGGGUGCAGAAAGAGAGAUCUGUUUUUCUGGGAGAACCUGGAACAGGCUGGACUGUGGCCACAUAGGUAACUGGCCCUAGUUCUGGCUCUGAGACUGGGAACUGAGGCUUGACAUGAAAAGUGAGAAGCCAGGAAGCUCAGAUGAACCUUUUGGUGAACAAGAGAUGCCAAAGAUAAACCAACCGUGCCAGAGACUAUGGACAAACUGUUUUUAUUCCUUUCUUGGUCUGUGCCUUACCAUAAAAAAAGGGAAGUAGGCCUGUUCCCAGGCCCCUGAGAAGGGCCAUCUCAUUCUUAGCCAGCUGCCAUGAGAGGACUAAAUUAAUCUAUGCCAAAGAAGUAGCCAGACUGUAUGAUAAUUAGUAUGCCCCAAAACCCAUGUAAAUGAGAAAAUGCAAUGAACCUUUAUUCCAGAAUGUGCUUUUUUCUUUCCAAGUAAAAGUGCCAUUAAGGUACCAGUUA